UGGGGAUGUUGGCUCGGUUGUACGUAAGGAAGAGUCGUGGGCGUCGUCGUGAGUAGCUAGGACCAUGGAGGAGCGGGCGGUGUUAGAGAGACAAAUCCGACUGCUGUCUGCUCUUAUAACAAACCAUAAGAAUGUUCAUGGAGAUGUUCCUGCAGUUCCAGCAUCUUGUAGUGCACACGGGCAAGGGCCAUGGGCAAAAAGCAACCCUAAAUUCACAUCUGUUUGCCCACAAAAAGUGCCACUACAUCAUGGGUCCGAAUCCAGUAGCUCAUGGCGAACAAAAUACUCUCUAGUAAAUAAGAAGCCUGUUGAUACAGUUGGUGAGACAUUUAAUGUUCCUCGAGGCCACAUAAUGCCUGCUGGAGUACGUGAGCAGAAUACUGUUAGAAAAUGCAUGGUGAAAACGACUGUGUCAGGAGAUGGCAACUUGGUUGUCAAGUCAGACGGAGAAGUUCAAGCAAAUCCCCGAGCACAGUCUUUGUUGGACAUGAAUUCUCAGCUUGCAGUGAAGAAAGAUAAGCUGUUAGGACUGAAGGCAAAGCUGGAUAAAGUGAAAAUGACCAGGAAAAUGAAUGUAAUGGAUGGCGCAAAGUUAAUCUCUUCCAAUGUGUCUACUGUGAGAAGUGCAUCAAAGCAAGAAGAGGAAAGAAAUUCCCAGAUUAUAGAAAAGAAAAAGUCACUUGAAGCAUCAGGAAAUAUCAAGGGGAGUGCUUCUUAUAAUUGUUGCACUACGUUGGCGCAUUGUUCUACUAAAACCCCAUAUAUGGAGACAAGUACUAUUGCAACAUUUGAAGCAUCAAAGUAUACACUUCAGAAAACCUAUCUGAAGAGUAAGGUUCAUGGCAUUGCUAGUGAGACUGCUCAGGAAGAGGGUAAAUUCCCACAAGUCAUGGAGUCAAAUAGUGGUGUUCGCACAGACCUUGAGAUAUCAAUAGAAAAGUUGCAUAGACCUACAGGGAUGAAUAAAAUUGCUGACUUGGCUGAGCACAACAAAAAUGAUUCUAUAAAGUCAGCAAAAGUUCAGAAUGCUUCAAAUCCUCUAGACCAAGUGCUGUUUAGUACUUCCCCAAUUAAAAUAUCUAAAUAUACAUGGCAGAAAGGAUCAGAUCUGAAUAUAGAUUCUUCACCACAUAGGUGCCAGAAUGAGACUCUGAACAGAGUCAUUGAAACAGCCUCUCCCUGUGCUUCUCAGCUUCAAACAACAAAUGUGAUUGGUAUCUCUUUAAAAUCAAAAUUCCCUUUGUCACUUCGAGUACAUAAGAAACAAAGGGCCAGUACUCCUCUCUGUAACCGUAUGGGUAAGGGUAGGAAAGCAAAGUAUGUUUGGGUUUCUAGCACCGCUCAGUUAAACCAGUCCAUGAAGUCCACUGAGUUGGCACGAAAGUCUGUUUCACCAAGGUUGGUUAAAAGUACUGUAAAAUGCGUUGCGGGAAGCAGUAGUACAGCACUCAGUCUAGAUCCAGGAGUUAGAUCUGCAGGAAAACAUAAAAAGGCCACAAGCUGUCAGAAAAUAGGUGGCUUGUCAAGCAAGUACCGUUGGAAAGCAAUGGAAGCUGUUUCCCCUUCAAAAUCACUUUAUCAGUGGAAGUCACAGGACUCUUAUAAGACUAGAUCUUCAAACCAUCAGACAAGAACUGUAUCACUGAAAAAAACUGAGCUUGCUAUUGAUGUCCCAAAAAAGGUGUUGAAUGAAUCUGCAUCUACACAUUACAAAUUGAAAAGCACAACAAAGAUUAUCAGGAGAAAUGGAGGAAAGAGCUCACCGACUGAGAAGAAGACCAACACUGGUGGCUUCCCGGUUAUGAAAAGUCGUUACUUACUUGUAAAGAAAAGCCCAGUACAUGGGAAAUCAACCCCUAUUCUAAAAAGGACACCUGGCAAAGGGCUCGUGCAAAUCAGCAAACACAGGUUGCAGAGGCUACCAACAUCAGCACCGCAUGGCAGUGCAAAACAAGGUUUAAGUUCUUCAUUCUCAGUGAAAAACCCUUCAAGCAACAAACUAAUUAAUACAAGGUAUAAAAUAGUGAAGAAAAAUGCAGGCUGGAAUAAUUUGACAACAAGCUCAUCUGCUUUUUCCUGGAAGACUAAAAAGAUCAACAACUCCUGCGUAAGGUCACUCCUGCUGAACCGAGCCAGAGUGAGCAAUAGUUACAGGUUCCUUCAGCAGAGAUGGAAAACAAAAGGCAUGCGAUGCAUUGAGGGAGUGUUGUAUCGUGUAUCUGCCAACAAACUUGCGAAAAGCAGUUCUGUUCCCAUCAGAACUGGAGUCACAAAUGCCAGAAGUGCUGUGAAAUCAGCAAUCAAAUCGGAAACUGUUCUUGACAAUUGUGACCUCUACCUAUCCAGCAGUCUCACCAAGACAUUCACGAAUAGGCACAUUGCAAGCCGUGCCGUGCAGCGCAGCUUGGCUAUAAUCAGACAAGCCAAGCUGAAAAAAUCCAAGAAGAAGGAAUACUGUAUGUACUACAACAGAUUUGGCAAGUGCAACCGAGGAGACAAUUGUCCCUAUAUACACGAUCCUGAAAAAGUUGCAGUUUGCACAAGAUUCCUACGUGGAACUUGUAAGAAAACUGAUGGGACAUGUCCAUUCUCGCACCAAGUUUCAAAAGACAAGAUGCCUGUUUGUUCUUACUACCUCAAAGGAAUCUGCAGCAGCAAUAACUGUCCUUACAGCCAUGUGUAUGUGUCAAGGAAGGCAGAAGUUUGCCAAGAUUUCCUGAAAGGAUACUGUCCACUAGGAGCAAAGUGCAAGAAGAAGCACACACUCAUCUGUCCAGAAUUCUCCAAGACUGGGAACUGCACACAGGGCUCCAAAUGCAAACUGCAGCACAGGCAGCAAAAAAGCCAUAAGCAAAAGCCUGCUUUUGAAGCAGCUCAGGGUGGAACAACGGAUGAGGGCACAGGUUCAAAGCGGAUCAGGCUUGCAGGCAAUGCAGAAAGAGACAAAGAGGUGUCAAGACAAGUUAAUUCAAUGGGAAGAACUGUUUCUUCAUCUGACUCCGGGGAAGUUAGUAGUAGUAGCAACAGCAACUGCAGCCAACAUGGACUUCCAGCAUUUAUUGCUCUUCACUCAUCUGUAUCUUCUGAAGAGAAGGUAGAUUCUGAAGUGGAAGAGGAGAGAGAAAGUGAAGCUUUGGGAAAGCCUAUUCAAAUCAAGCCCAGAUUUUGACUGCCACCUCUAACCAUCCCCUCAAGAAACUAUUUCAACACCAACUAGUGAUUGGAAAUCAGUGAAGGACUGCUUUGGCACAGUAUUACUUAUAAUGAAAUUGUACAAUACUGCAAUUAGUCUUGCAAUUCUCACUAUUGUUUUGCGCAAAAAAAGUUCUGUAGAAAUUUUUGUUUCUUUCUCUAGUGAAUCCUUUCUAAUGAGGAGGACCCACAAGAAAAGCCUUCAGGAAUGCCACAUUUGCAAAUAAGUUAUCAUCACCUACCAUCCACGGGCAAUGAAAGUCAUCGUAUUCAACAAAGAUUCUCAUACAGUAGCCACUUGGACUCUCAAUGUCUGAGAUGUGCUUGAAGUUUAUUUUUCUGUCCCAUUCCACUGAAAUUUUACUUCCAAGCUAUGGAAACUGCCUCCAGUUAUAUUGAUAUUACAGUGUUGAUUCUUACUAUUGUAAAUGUUAUACCCGUGUAAGUGAGAUUCUUAUUUUGGUUCUGUAGUCAAAGUUUUGCUUCACGUCACAGCUCUAUUUCACUGUAACUUCAAAGGCCUGGAUGCUUACGAUGAAUGCAGAGAUGGAAAACACUUACUUUCCCCAGUAUAAACAUCCUGUUAGCUUAAUGAAUGCUAAGUUUACAAAAAAAAAAGCAGACCCAAGCCCUUUCUCCCUAUUCUAUUCUCUAAAUUUGGGGAUUAGUUUGCAGCUGUUAACUUCAUCACUGAAAAUGUGUUGAUGCAUUAUUUCAUGCAUUUAUUACAUUUUUUAAUUAUAGUAAUUGUGAUCAGUUAAUAAACCUUGAAAUUUUGUUUGAUAGGUAACAAUAUCAUAAAGGGUAUUAAUGUUUUUAAACGAGAAUCUGCCAUCAGUCUAAGCUUUAAUGGUUGUGUUGCUCUAGAUUAUGCACUGCCUACACAUCCAAUAUAUUAUAAUGGUCAGCAGAGACAGAACAGAUCAAAGGAAAAUAGAAGAUCCUUGGGUGAGUUGUAGUUGGGCCAUCCCAGGCCUCUUCUAGCAGAUGUAGGCUAGAUGCUUUUGAUACAUUUCCACACCUCAACAUAUGUUAGCCUUGGCAGACAAAGAAAAGAACAAAAUAUUAGAGAAAGGAGGAAUUCAGAGAAGAAAAAGCUUUCCUGUUUUUAAAGGUGCAGAUCAAAAUUGCUUGUUUUCGACACUAGCUUAUAAAUGGCCAAUUUUAUCCAUAAGAGAAAUAAUAGGCAUCCAUAUUUUUAUUCUUGCUAUCACAAGAACUGUCCACUAAAAAUUCUGCAAUUUGAAGACAUUUUAGUACCUUGACAGAGAUCUUAAUAUGCCCAUUUAGCAGGUGCAUUUUGGUGCCAAUAAGUAAAUCUAUGUUGACGGGUUAUAACUUGAAUUAUUCAUGCUAAUUUUAGUAUUUUGCGCAAAUUGUAAAUGAUUUGCUGCUAGAGCUGAAGCUGGUGCAUUGAGCACUAACAGCUUUACUCUAGUGAGCAGCUUUUGAUGGCAAGAGAGGCACAGAUAGGGAGGACAGAAAGGGCACAACCAGAAAAAAUUUUAAAUGUAUGUUUAUGUAGUUCUUAUCUAACCUGCAUUUCAGCCUUAUUCCAAACAGCAGAGUAUCUGUACAUCUUAGUAUCUUUAUUCCCCUAUUACUUGGCUAAGACAUGGAGUGAGUUGGGCCUUUUGCAGUGGUUUUGAGGGGAAUGUUUCCACACCUAAUUUUACAUGGAGUAAGUGCCCUUUGUGCUUCAGCAUAAAUCUUGGUUGUAUUGUCAUUUAGGGAAGAUGUUUGAAGUAAAGGUCACAUGUAUGUAAAGACAUUCAUACUAACAUCACUCAGAAGUAUGUGUAACAAUAACUCUUGCACACAAUGUUAUGCAUCUCAUUGAGAAAAGGAUUUUUUGUUAUUUAUUGACUGAAAAUGGCUUUCCUGAAGAAAUUAUUUCUAUUUAAUUCUUAUUAAAUGUUAUAUUUUUCUUGCUGUUUACAAAUGAAUUUUAUGUGAUUUAUUGUUGUCUCCAGAAUUUUCAAGUAGUCUACUUGUUUUCAAAGCAAACCAUUCUGAAUGAGUGUUUGGAAUAGCAGCAUCUGAAUGUUCUGCAGAAGCUUCUGGAUCUAUUUAAACACAUUUCUGAGU